AAAACAUGACCCCUCGAAAACAAAGGCAUGUCCAGUCUUUUGCAUCUGUAGUCACUGUCAGGUGUUUUUUUUAUCUAGCCUAGUGUUAAAGAUGUAAGUUCAUUGCGUUUUUUAGUUCUGACUGACUACAAACAAUAACAGAAGAUAAUGUGGGGUAAUCCCACAUUGAAUGCCACCGUGGCGAACACAUCAGGUGGAUUUUUGAAUGACAGUCAAGAUUCUAAAAGGGGUACUUCUAAAAGAGUGGAAAAUGUAAUUCCUAUUAUGAUUCGGCAUUUAACACAAUCUAACGAUGAUUUACAACUUUGGGGAAUACCAGUUCACAUUGUAACUUUCGUAGGAAUUGUACGAAAGAUCGAGCGAACUACAACAAAAGUGACGUAUGAAAUUGAAGAUGAUACAGGCAGUGUUACAGCUUUUCAUUGGCUGGCAACAACAAACAAACCCGAACCACCGAUUAAAUUAAAUAGUUAUGUAAAAAUAUAUGGACACAAAAGAGAACAAAAUCAAAAGAAAUGUGUAUUAAUCUUAAAAAUGAGGCCUUUGAUUGACUUGAAUGAACUGACCAAUCAUUUAUUAGAAGUUACCUAUGUAACGUUAAAAGCUGAAAAAAUAUUUAAUAUUGAAAAGGAAAGACAUGAAUCAGCUGGAAUGCAUGAUGUGACUAUGACAGAUGAUAAUGUUAAUGGUUUAACCAAAGAACAAGUACUAGUAUUUAAGGUGAUUCAAGCAGAGAAUGACAAUGAAAAUGGGAUAGAAAGAGAUGUGUUAAAAACUCGCGUAUCAAAAAAUUUAUUGCCAUAUCUAGAUGACAUACUUGACUUUCUAAUAAGUGAGGGACACAUUUAUACAACCCUCACGGACGAUCAUUUUAAGACAACUUAAUAUGUUUUCAUGCAAUUAACUGGAAUUAUGACAUUCCUUAUUUAAACAUACUCUAUUAAUUAAUAUACUCUAAACGAUUCUUACAAAUUUACCGCUAAAUAAGUAUUAUGUUCAAGAGAUAAACAUAAAAAUUUAUUGUUUUACAAGUGAACAUUGUAAAUAAAUGUGUAUAAAAUUA